AUGCCGAACCCAACGGACUCAGUAUUCGUCAACCUGUUGCACCCUGGCGACUUCAAAUCGGAUGUUGCCAUUUCCAUAGCCAUUCAGGACCUAGUGAGCGGGAGGCAAGACGCUGCUGCCACGGCUUGGGAAAUCGACGAAAUGAUCAUCGUGGAACAUCAGGAAGAGCCGCAAAAGCCUUCAGGAGGGCAACGAUACCUGUGGGAUUGUCUCGGCAAGGUUGCCAUGGUGGUGCCUCAUGACCACAACAGCCAAAACCUCCUCGUCGCUUUGUUGCAACAACUGCAACGCCUGCCUCGGCACAGGGUGCCACACAAGGUCGGCGACGAAGUAGUGCACAAGGAACUAUGGGUUCUCACGCCGGAGAACAAAUACGAUGGCUUGGAGCAGUGGCUAUGGGAAAUUGACCAAGGCUUCACUGGCACGCAACGGCAGGUUAAACAUGUUAAGAGCGUCGAAGAAACGGCCUCUUUGUACAUCAACUUCUCUUCCUUCUUGGCACGCCUCCUCGCCAGCGGGGUGGUCGAGACAACUCGUCAAAGCGCUCUCAUCCGACCCUCGGCCUUUGCAACCAGAAACCCUGAGACCUGCCUACCAGAGGAUUACCAGCCGUGGGCUUCAGCGGCAGCCCAGUGGGUCAUAUACGCCGGUGAUGCUCUGUAUGAGCUAUGCAAGAAGGAGGUCACCACCGAGAUUGGCAAGCAAAAGUGGACUCUGUCGCUGUGGGAAGAGUGGAAGUCCAAAUUCGAGGUCGCCAAGUCGGAAAAGUUCAGUGCCAAGACAAGGGCAUUCGCGUCCGCAGCGUUUGAGAAGAUGGGGGAGGCUGAGAGGAAUGGAGUGACGACGAAUGUGGCAGUCAGCUUUGGCUUUACAUCCAUGAAGGGCUAG